AUGACUAACCUAACAGAUGAUAAUGAAUGGACCUCAAAUUCAACAUUUUAUGAAUAUAUCCCAAUAGAAACAAAUUAUUGUAAUAUGGAUGAGACCUCCAGAUUCAGUGCUGUAUUUACUUGCAUCCUUUAUUCUCUGAUCUUCUUCUUCAGCUUGGUAGGAAAUAGCCUUGUCUUGUGGAUUGUGAUGAAAUAUGAAAACAUCAAAUCUUUAACAAACCUCUUCAUCCUGAACCUUUGCAUCACUGACUUGACUUUCUCAUGCACUCUGCCUUUCUGGAUUGUAUAUCAUUAUUAUGGAUGGAUUUUUGGUGAUUUUCUUUGCAAGACAGUAAGUGCUAUUUUUUCUAUCAGCUACUAUGGUGGUAUCAUCUUUCUCACUAUCAUGACUAUUCUGCGGUACCUGGCUGUGGUUGAUCCCUUAUCAACCAUGCAAAUACAGACCAAAAAAUGUAGCAUUCUGGUAAGCAUGGCCAUUUGGAGCAGCAGCAUAAUGGUUGCGGUACCUGAGAUCAUUUUUAUUGAAGUCAUAAUUGAUAAUCAUGACAAACAACACUGUGAGUAUGAAGAGUCAUUCUUCUGGAAAAUGAUAGAGAUGAGCCUGCAAGUAACAUUUUUCCUCCUAUCUUUUCUUGUUAUCAUAGCUUGUUACAUUGGAAUGCUUAAAAUUUUGCUUAGAUCACGGUCUCAAAGGAAGUACAGAACUGUGAGACUCAUAUUUGCUAUUGUGGUGGUCUUUUUCCUGAGUUGGGCUCCUUACAACGUGUUUAACUUUGUGUACGUUUUGUCUAUUCAGCAUGUCAUCAAGACAGACUGUCAAACUCGCAAUCAUAUCUUUUUUGCUUUUGAUAUCAGUCGCAAAGUAGCCUACUGUCACUGCUGCAUCAACCCAAUCCUGUACGUCUUUGUUGGAGUGAAAUUCAGAAGGCACCUAAAACUCCUCUACAAGCAAUUGUCCCCUUGUCAUGGCAGAAUCUCUCCCUCCAGCCCAAGAAUGCAUUCAUCUCAUUUUGGUCCAUAUGAUGAUGCAUCUAUAUACUGA